AUGGAGAUAGAUACAGUAGAUAGAGAUGUCAAGAGACAUAAUAGUUUCACGAGUCCUAACAUUAAAAGAGCACCUGUGGCCAAAAGGGUAGGCCGAGAACGUUGUCACAGUUACCAUGCUCAGACCCCAAAAGCUUCUAAAAAUGUGCAAAACCCUAUCAAUGUACCUAAGAUGUCGUUUAGGGUGGUGCGCAGUUCUAAAUUUCGCCACGUUUAUGGGCAGGCCCUAAAACGUGAGCAAUGUUAUGAUAAUAUACGAGUGUCAAAGAGUUCUUGGGAUUCGACGUUCUGUGCGGUGAAUCCUAAGUUUCUGGCUAUAAUCGUCGAGUCUGCCGGCGGAGGCGCCUUCAUAGUACUGCCACACAAUAAGGUUGGACGCAUACCUGCGGAUCACCCGUUAGUGGGCGGGCACAAAGGGCCAGUGCUGGACAUCGCGUGGUGUCCGCACAACGACAAUGUCAUCGCCAGCGGCUCCGAGGACUGCGUUGUUAAGGUGUGGCAGAUUCCGGACGGUGGUCUGUCGCGCACCCUCACGGAACCAGUGGUGGAUCUGGUGUACCACCAGCGGCGCGUGGGUCUUGUUCUGUGGCAUCCCACCGCACAGAACGUACUGCUGACAGCUGGCUCGGACAAUCAGAUAGCAAUAUGGAACGUAGGGACAGGAGAAGUUCUGCUCAGCUUGGACUGCCAUCCUGACCUCAUCUACUCAGCGUGCUGGAACUGGACCGGUUCCAAACUCCUCACCACUUGCAGAGAUAAGAAAAUCAGGAUCAUCGACCCGCGUAAGGGUGAGGUAGAAUCUGAAGCUAUCGCUCACGAGGGAAGCAAAGCAUCAAGAGCUAUUUUCCUAAAACAUGGACUUGUGUUCACCACUGGGUUCAGUCGCAUGUCAGAGCGCCAGUACACGCUGCGCACCCCGGACGCGCUGUCGGAGCCCAUCAUCACGGUGGAGAUAGACACCAGCAAUGGGGUCAUGUUCCCCCUGUACGACCCCGACACCAACCUCAUAUACCUGUGCGGGAAAGGCGAUUCCGUCAUACGGUACUUUGAGGUGACACCGGAGCCACCAUUCGUUCAUUACAUCAACACCUUCCAAACACCAGACCCACAAAGAGGUAUUGGCAUGAUGCCGAAACGAGGUUGCGACGUAGCCACGUGCGAGAUAGCCAAGUUCUACAGGCUGAACAACUCUGGUUUGUGUCAGGUGGUAUCAAUGACAGUGCCGCGCAAGUCGGAGCUGUUCCAAGAAGACUUGUACCCUGACACCCUCAGCGAUGAGGCUAGCCUCACCGCCGACGAGUGGCUCGCGGGAGAAGACGCGGAGCCCUGCACCAUGUCGCUCAAGGAGCGCGCUUUGGUGGUACAGGGCGGGUACGUGUCGGGGCGCGCGGCGCAGCAGCUGCACGUGACGAAGAAGGCCAACGCGCUCGCCGGCGCCAAGGAGCGCGACAAGGACCGCUCGCCCACGCCCGCCGCCGGCACCCCCGCCUCCGCCACCCCGCCGCCCGCCUUCUCCGCCGCACUGGAGAAACAACUGUCGGAUUUAGUCGAUGAAAUCCGCAAGUUAAAGUCGGUAAUCGUCAAACAAGAGAACCGCAUCCGCGCGCUCGAAGCAACCGUCAAAGCUCCGCCCUCUCCCUCGCCUGUCCCUGUGCCUCAGGCCUCCCCCGCGCCCUCAUCCCCCGCCCUGGCGCCUAACCACCACGACGACGACGGCAUGGCGCCCGAUGAGGUCUGA